AUCACUGACUAUGCUAACUUGAGCAUUGGAGACAUUGUUUCUGGUUACAUUGGUCAAGUGCACAACAACCGGGACUUAGAGAUUGACAUGGUAAAGCAGAUACAGCAAAAAUCUGAGGCUACCUGCAAAAAAUUCAAAGCUGAAAUCUCUGAGCUGAAGAACCGCCUGAAGACUCAGGAAACUGAGACCCGGAAGGCCAACGCCAAAUUUGAGUUCAGUGUUGCUGCACAAGAGAAGCUGAAGAAGAAGUUUGAAACCGAAAGGAAGACUUGGGCCGAGGAGAAAGCUGCUUUGGUCAGCCGGGCCGAACAGGCGGAGGCUGCUCUGAUGGAGAGAACCGCCGAACUCUCCGGCUUAAAGCGCCAUGUGUCACAGAUGGUCGCCGCAAUCUUCGGUAAGUCAUUCUGCAAGCCUUUAACCAGCCUACAUUUUUUAUGUCUUAUAAGUCCCACCAUUAUCAUUCAGCUCCCCUGACUGUGUUAAACAGGUCCCAGAAGCUCCAACCUCAAUCAGAAUGUUCUGACCAAAUUGAAAGCCGUGUACACCUUGGUGGAGCAACUCUACAUCGGGUCACAGUGUGCUUUGUCCGUUGUGGCCCUGUCCAAUGAGGUUCCGACUCACCUGACGGACGUACUUCGGCGGCUUGCCAUUCUUCCUCAGUGCUUCCAAGAGCUACGACGGGCCUCUGCAAGAGCCGGAGCCAUAGCUGCUCUGAGCCGGGCCAAGGCUUUCCUCCCGGAGCUAGAGCCGACGGAGAUCGCGCUUGGAUACCCCAGCCUGAAGGAAGACGGGACCCCCUUCGAUCAGAAAGAUUUCGCCGCUUGUGUGAAGAGCGUACGCCCGGUGGCCACCCAGAUUUGGAAUGACACCGACCUUACCAAGUAUCAGCCGGGCUACGACG